AUGGAAGAAACUUACAUUGACUCCCUGGACCCUGAGAAGCUAUUACAAUCCCCCUAUGAUAAAAACCACCACAUCAGGGCCUGCAUAUUUCCUUAUCACCUCAUCAAGUGCAGAAAGAAUCAUCCUGAUGUUGCAAACAAAUUGCGUACUUGUCCCUUCAAUGCUCGCCACCAGGUUCCACGGGCUGAAAUCAGUCAUCAUAUCUCCAGCUGUGAUGAUAAGAGCUGUAUUGAGCAGGAUGUUGUCAACCAAACCAGGAACCUUGGACAAGAGACUCUGGCUGAGAGCACAUGGCAGUGCCCUCCUUCCGAUGAACACUGGGACAAAGAUUUGUGGGACCAGACCAGCACCCCAUUUGUCUGGGGCACAGCCAACUUCUGUGGCAACAACAGCCCUGCGAGCAACAUAGUUAUGGAACAUAAGAGUAACUUGGCUUCAGGCAUGCGGGUGCCCAAAUCUCUGCCCUAUGUGCUGCCAUGGAAGAACAAUGGAAAUGCACAGUAA